AUGCAGAUUUGGGAUGUUGGCACCGGCCAAGGAUUCUCACAGUACUUAGAGCAUCAGAAGAGAGCCUGGUCAGUUGACUUUUCGCAAACUGACCCAAUGAAGUUUGCCAGCGGAAGUGAUGACUGUUCUGUGAAGCUGUGGAGCAUUAAUGAGAAAAGUUCGGUUGGCACCAUAUGGAACCCUGCCAAUGUAUGCUGUGUUCAAUUCUCUGCUUCCUCUGGUCAUAUGUUGGCCUUUGGAUCUGCUGACUACAAGGUCUACUGCUAUGAUCUUCGACAUGAUAGAACCCCAUGGUGCACAUUAGUUGGCCAUGAGAAAGCUGUAAGCUAUGUCAAAUUUUUAGAUGCAAAUACCAUUGUAUCUGCUUCCACAGACAACACUCUCAAGCUUUGGGACCUGAAUAAGACCAGUUCCACUGGUUCGGUUUCUGGUGCUUGCACCUUAACCUUUAACGGCCACACAAAUAAGAAGAAUUUUGUGGGACUAUCUGUCUUCGAUGGGUACAUAGCAUGUGGCUCAGAAACCAACGAGGUUUACAGUUAUUAUAGAUCUUUGCCAAUGCCAAUCACUUCUUACAAGUUUGGGUCUAUUGAUCCUAUUUCUGGACAUGAGACUGGUUAUGAUAUUGGACAGUUUGUUUCAAGUGUCUGUUGGAGACGGAAGUCAGGUAUGCUUGUUGCUGCCAACUCAACUGGAAGUAUGAAGCUACUGGAAAUGAUAUGAUAAGAGGUUUUCUUACUGGCAUUCCAGUUGAAGAACUUGUCUUUCGCCUUCUUGAUGUGAAAUUACUACCAGAAAUUUACACAGGCCGCCGAGCCCUCUCUUCUGUCUGGGACAUUUUCCUUGCUUCAGCCAGGUCCUGGACAGGGAAAACACAAAUCAGUUGCUUCUUUUGGCAGUUCACUUUCAUAAGUUCCUUGCUUAGAGCAAAAUAUGCAGGAAAUUUCAGUUCUGUCCACAGGCAUUAGGAUUGCAAAAAUAGUGAGGUCUCUGGGUGAUCAAUAUCAUGUUGUUAUAUGAUUCCUAAUGAUCAAGGAAUCAUAUUUAGUUCAUUUUAAUUCUCUUCUAGACAAGUUCCUAUAAGGCUGGGAAAAUAUUUGUAUAAGAUGAAUGAGCUGCAACUACUAAAAUUUUUCAUGGAGUGCAAGUGCUGCUCCGGCACCUGAUUUGCUUCUAUACUGACAGCUGAAGAACGAGUGUAAAUGGUUGGAACUUCCAGAAGUUGUAGAACUGUUAAAGGCUACCCUGUAAUUGCCCAUUGAAAGCGUACAUCCACAUACUAGUUGUGUGCAGUUUUCCAGAUCCUAAUGAUUGAUGUAACUCUAUUACCCUCUAUAUUUUCUUUGCAUAUAAAGUUUAUUAUACCUUAAUGAGGUUGUUCCACCUA